GCUUGAUUUGAUUCGAUGAGCAUCAUCCCCAUUCACCGCCAUUGUAGAUUCAGCGCGCAUUCACCACUCUCAUCCCCCCACCCCCACGCUCCUCACACUCACUCCUCACUCUGCCACUUUGUCCACAUCACUUCACCUAAAUUGUGGGCACACCGCGUCGCAGCAACUCGUGAUCUCACGCACAUUUAAUCCCCGGAGAUCUGCUUGAGCACGCUGACCGCCACCACUGUUUCGCGCGCACGACCCCAUUCCUCACACGCAUCGCCCGCACAACAUGACACCCUCGUUGAGCUCUCCGCCUGCGCCAUUGUCGCCAACGCAGCAGCAGCAACAGCAGGAUGGUAAGCAGGAAGCCAAUACGGACUGGCGCAUCACGACCAAGAUCGCCAAGGCGGAGAGGGAAGGAAGGAUCUGGUGGAGCUUCGAGUACUUUCCACCUCGCACCGCGCAAGGUCUCACCAACUUGUACGACCGCAUCGAAAGGAUGGCGGAUCUCGGACCCGCAUUCGUCGACAUCACAUGGAAUGCCGGUGGCCGGACAUCCGAUCUGACGGCUCAGCUGGUCAAGACGGUGCACACCUACAUGGGAUUAGAGACGUGCAUGCACUUGACCUGCACCAACAUGCCCAGAUCCAAAGUCGAUGUGGCACUGCGAGAGGCGAAACAGUUUGGUUGCAGAAACAUCCUCGCUCUCCGCGGAGAUCCUCCCGCUGGAGGUGGAGCUUGGGAGAAGCACGAGGCCGGCUUCGAGUACGCCAAGGAGCUGGUGCAGUACAUUCGACAGGGCUACGGCGACUACUUUGCCAUCGCAGUCGCCGGCUUUCCCGAAGGUCAUCCGGAGUCGCUCGAAGGCAAAAAGAUGGAGUUGGAAAGGUUGAAGGACAAGAUCGAUGCUGGCGCAGACUUUAUAUUUACGCAAAUGUUUUACGAUUUCGACAUUUUCGCCCAGUGGGUCAGGGACGUGCGCGCUGCUGGCAUCACCUGUCCCAUCGUGCCCGGCGUCAUGCCCAUUCAGACCUACGGCGGCUUCCAACGAGCUACAGCGAGGUUCAGAACCAUCGUCCCUCAAUACUUUCACGAUGCCCUCGAGCCCGUCAAGGACGAUGAUGCCAAGGUGCGAGAAGUCGGCACGCAACUCGUCGGCGAUCUGUGCAGGCGCAUCAUUGAUCCCAAAGAAGGCUUGCGCAUAUCCGGCUUGCACAUCUACACCAUGAACCUCGAGCGAGGCUCGCGCAUGCUUCUCGAUUACCUCGCCUUGUCUCCCUCUCCUCAGCAAGUCAAGGCGCUGCCAUGGACACCCUCCUUGACGCCCAAGCGACGAGACGAGGGCAUUCGGCCCAUCUUUUGGGCCAACAGGGCCAAGUCGUACGUAGACAGGACAGAGACGUGGGACGAAUUUCCAAAUGGAAGGUGGGGAGAUGCAAGGUCGCCCGCGUACGGCGACGUCGACGCUUACGGUGUCAAGCUGCGAUAUUCGGAAGCCGAAGCGAGGGAAUUGUGGGGAGAGCCUACUUCGUUGGAACAGGUGAAGCAGCUCUUUACCGGCUUUUGCAAGGGCGACAUCAAGGCGCUGCCUUGGAGCGAGACUGCCAUUGCCAAGGAGACGACCGUCAUCAAUGACAAGCUCGUAUCGAUGAACCAAAAGGGCUUCUUUACCAUCAACAGUCAGCCGUCCGUAGAUGGUGCUCGCUCAGACGACCCCGUGCACGGCUGGGGACCCAAAAAUGGAUACGUGUACCAAAAGGCCUACUUGGAGUUCUUUGUCGCCCCUUCGCAAGUGGACGGGCUGAUCUCGAAGCUGGAACAAGACCCUCAAAUCACCUACCACGUCGUCAAUGCUCGCGGCGACAUGCGUACGAACACCACCUCGGAAGCUCCCUGUGCCGUCACUUGGGGUUGUUUCCCGCACAAGGAGAUCAUCCAACCUACCAUCGUCGAGAGCAUCUCCUUUUUGGCAUGGAAGGACGAAGCGUAUGAGAUUGGCAGGCACUGGGCACGCGUCUACCCGCCCGGAUCGCAAAGUCGACGUUUGCUGGAGAGCAUCUUUGGCAACGCGUCGGGAGACGUGACGCCCGGCACAUCGCCAGAUCUCCAGGCCGACCAAUCUUGGUUCUUGGUCAAUGUUGUCCACAACGACUUUAAGAACAAAGAGGCCGUAUUUGCUCCAUUUUUGGAUGCUGUCGACCUCAGCGCUGCUGUCGCCGCCGCUGCCACCACCGCGUCGCUGGAGAAUGCAACGGAGACGGCGCGAAAUGUCGCUAGUGGUGCUGCGAACAUCGCCAAGUCGAUAGCCGAAAAGGCCACAGCUCCGCUCGCCAAUGGGCACGUGGCGUGAUCGCUCCCUCAGCACAUCUUUGCCGCACUCUGCCCUCUUGCUUGCUCUUCUCGCUCAUCCACAGCACCUCGCAUCAACUGCAUUGCAUCAACUGCAUCUUGCCAUCCCAAUCUGAUUCUCUUCUCUUCCACCUUAAACCCCCC